GGGGCGCUGCAGCGGGUGCUGAGGCCAGAGGAGGGACGCGCCGGAGCGGGGCCGCCGGGACUGAGCGAGCGACAGACGCGCCACCCGCCGACGCCGCAGCCGCUUGGGGCCCGCACGGACCCUGUGCCUGAGUGUAGAAUGAGCCAAGGAGACUCAAACCCAGCAGCCAUUCCACAUGCAGCGGAAGAUAUUCAAGGAGAUGACAGAUGGAUGUCUCAGCACAACAGAUUUGUCCUGGACUGCAAAGACAAAGAGCCGGAUGUCCUGUUCGUGGGGGACUCCAUGGUGCAGUUGAUGCAGCAGUAUGAGAUAUGGCGAGAGCUUUUUUCCCCACUUCAUGCACUGAAUUUUGGAAUUGGGGGAGAUACAACAAGACAUGUUUUAUGGAGACUAAAGAAUGGAGAACUGGAGAAUAUUAAACCUAAGGUCAUUGUUGUCUGGGUAGGAACAAACAACCAUGAAAAUACAGCAGAGGAAGUAGCAGGUGGAAUCGAGGCCAUCGUACAGCUUAUCAACACAAGGCAGCCACAGGCCAAAAUCAUUGUAUUGGGUUUGUUACCUCGAGGUGAGAAGCCCAACCCUUUGAGGCAAAAGAAUGCCAAGGUGAACCAGCUCCUCAAGGUUUCCCUGCCGAAGCUUGCCAAUGUUCAGCUCCUGGAUACAGAUGGGGGCUUCGUGCACUCGGACGGUGCCAUCUCCUGCCACGACAUGUUUGAUUUUCUGCAUCUCACAGGAGGGGGCUAUGCAAAGAUCUGCAAACCCCUCCAUGAACUGAUCAUGCAAUUGUUGGAGGAAACACCUGAGGAAAAACAAACCACCAUUGCCUGACUGGCUCCCAUCAGUGUUAAUAGCGUCCCAGCUUCCUCAGAUCAGUUAUAUCACUGGCACUACAGAAUCCUUCUCUUUCUUAAGGCACUUUGCAUUGUAGAAUGUUCCUGGAUGUUCAUAUCUAGUGUUUGAAGGGGAGGAGGGAUUUAAACUGGUCCUGUACAUAGAAGGUUUGUUUGACACAGGAGAAAAAUUAGCCAAGGAAGAUGGUUGUUUAAAUUCAUUGGAAACCAGAACGGGACUUUUUAGUUUAUAUGUGUGACACAUUCAUUGACUUAUCACUGUUUUUCCUAGGACAACAUCAAGCCUAAGUACUGAACAAAAUGAAGAUUCUUUCCUUGGCCUUUCUUUCUAUGGAUUAUGUCAUAUAUAAUAAUAAUUAGAAUAACACCUUCUUGGCUUUAAAACAGACGUUUUUCCAGUUUUUAAAGUUCA